AAAGGGGGCUUCCAGAUUCUGAUAACCCCCCUGCCCGCAGACCCCUACAACCACCGGCCAGGGUUGUGGGGAAGAGGCCCUUGUCCUCAUCGACAUGGGGACAAGGUGCUUUGGAGGGGAGCCCCCCCUGCCCCAAAGCACUCUCCCCCCAUGUUGAGGGCAUGUGGCCUGGUAUGGUUCAGGAGGGGGGGGGGCGCUCGCUCGUUCCCCCCUUUCCUGACCUGCCGGGCUGCAUGCUCGGAUAAGGGUCUGGUAUGGAUAUUGAGGGGGUCCCCACGCUGUUUUGUUUUUUAAAUUUCGGCUUAAUAUCCAUACCAGACCUGAAGGGCUUGGUAGGAUGAGAAGGGG